CAUCAGAGAAAAUGAUCAGCACCUGAAACAUAAUACAGAUAAUUGCAUCUCCAAAAUCAGCAUGAAUAUAUUCGGCAUUGUGGUAUUGCUGUCAUGGAUGACCACUGCAUGUUCCCUCAGUCUAAAUGAUGUUGGACAGUUCUAUGAUUGUCCAGUGGAUGUCUACAUUGUCUUGGACACGUCUGAGAGUGUGGCCCUAAGGGCCAACAAGCCUUAUGGCUCCUUUGUGGACAAGAUCAAGCAGUUUGCACUUGACUUUGUGGACCAGCUGAAUAUGAGGUACUACCGCUGCGACCGCAACCUGACUUGGAGUGUAGGCGUCCUGCACUACAGUGAUGAGGUGAAGAUCAUGAGCGAGCUCAUUAGUGUGCACGAGGCUGGUGGCAAACCCAUGCUGAAGAAAGCCAUUCAGGACAUCCGCUACAUUGGCAAGGGCACGCACACCGACUGUGCCAUUUCUGUUGCCACGGGCCAACUCAUGACCGGCUCUCCUCUCCACGGGAACAAAUACAUGGUUGUUGUAACAGACGGCCACCCGUUCGAUGGCUACAAGGAGCCUUGCGGGGGGAUCAGCUAUGCUGUGUCUGAGGCCCGAGGCAUGGAGAUCAAGAUCUUCGGGGUUGCCAUCACCCCCGAUCACUUGGACAAUCGCCUAAGCGCCAUAGCAACUGAUGUCAGGUACCGUUAUAACCUCUCUGCCACAAGCAACAACCCACAGGUGGUGAGGGACACCAUCAACACCAUCGUCUCCACCAUUUACAAGGACUCGGAAACAUUGUGCUGUUCAAAUGAAUGCAAGGCCCCUAGAGGAUCGGCCGGGCCGCCUGGAGAGGCAGGAGAUGCGGGAACUCCAGGAAGGCAAGGUGUUGCAGGGAAGCCUGGUAGUCUUGGAGCUAAGGGUUCAGCAGGUGAUCAGGGACCCCCUGGACACAGAGGAGAGAAGGGUGACAGUGGACCGACUGGUGAUAGAGGUCCAAGAGGCCCAGCUGGACAAAAGGGAGAGAAAGGGCAUAAUGGCGUGGAUGGGAAAGAUGGACUGAUGGGGGAGCCUGGACUGGUUGGUCUGUCAGGUUGUAAAGGAGAUGAUGGCAUGGAGGGGGAGCCAGGUCCUCCUGGACAGAGAGGAGAUCCAGGGUCAUUUGGAGGUCUGGGUGAAAAGGGAGGAACUGGACCGGUUGGAUCUCCUGGAGUCUCUGGGGUACCUGGACCCAGUGGGCCGAAGGGUGAUUCAGGCCCCUCUGGCACAAGAGGAAACAAGGGCGACAGGGGUGAUGAUGGUGAUUUUGGUGCUCCUGGGCUUUCUGGAUCUGAGGGUGGGAAAGGAGAGAAGGGACUAAGGGGGCCUCCCGGGAUUCGGGGCGGACCAGGCGAGAAGGGUGACCCAGGGCCUCCAGGAGCCCAGGGACAUGAGGGCCCCUCGGGAGAAGUAGGAUUAGUGGGUGCAGAUGGAGUUUCUGGUCUAAAAGGCUACAAAGGAGAACCAGGCCCUGCGGGUCCUGUGGGGGUGAAGGGCACCAGCGGCCUGUCUGGGCCCCCUGGAGAACGUGGCUCAACGGGAGAGAGGGGAGAAGAUGGAUUCCCAAGUGAAGGUCAAAUAGGAUACGCAGGAUUCCAGGGACUCCCUGGCCUAAGGGGGCCUGCUGGAUCAAAGGGUGUCCGAGGGUUUCCAGGCAUAAAGGGGGAUACUGGGUUACCCGGAGACCGCGGGGAUGAUAACAACCUCCCAGGACGAGAAGGGCCUGCAGGACCAAAAGGUUAUCCCGGCUUGGCAGGAGAGCAAGGGACUCCUGGAGCAGAGGGUCCCACCGGGCCGGAUGAGUGUGAGAUUCUGGAGAUAAUUCAAAAACUAUGCUGUAAGUGAUGGAAAUGUCCAGCAAUUGCUUUCGCCAGUGGUUUGAACUAACUGCCCUGCACCUCAUAAAUUAACUUUGCAAUGACUGA